AUGCCAAUAUCAAUCUCAGAUUCUCAGGAGGAUGUGGAAGUAGGAGAGCCAAAGGAGGGAGAGGUUCGUGUGAAGAACAAGGCCAUUGGGCUUAAUUUCAUUGAUGUAUACUUCCGCAAAGGCGUUUAUAAGGCUGCUACGGUUCCCUACACCCCAGGUGUUGAGGCUUGUGGAGUUGUGACAGCUGUGGGACCAGGACUAACAGGCAGGCAAGUUGGAGAUCUUGUAGCCUAUGCUGGUCAGCCAAUGGGCUCAUAUGCGGAAGAGCAGAUCCUUCCUGCAGACAGAGUUGUGCCUGUUCCUCCUUCCAUUGAUCCUACUGUUGCUGCAUCCCUCUUGCUCAAGGGUAUGACAGCUCAGUUUCUACUACGCAGUUGUUUCAAGGUUGAACCUGGACACACAGUCCUUGUCCAUGCAGCAGCUGGUGGAGUUGGAUCCCUUUUAUGCCAGUGGGCUAAUGCCCUUGGUGCCACUGUCAUUGGAACUGUAUCUACUAAAGAGAAGGCAGCUCAAGCCAAGGAGGAUGGAUGUCACCAUGUCAUAAUCUAUAAGGAAGAGGACUUUGUUGCUCGAGUGAAAGAAAUAACAUCUGACAAUGGGGUCGAGGUUGUUUAUGAUUCUGUAGGGAAGGAUACUUUUGAGGGAUCACUGGCAUGCUUGAAGACUCGUGGAUACAUGGUGAGUUUUUGGCAGUCAUCAGGUGCGCCAGAUCCGGUUCCAUUGUCAGCCAUUGCAGUGAAGUCACUGUUCUUGACUAGGCCUAGCCUCUUUCAUUACGCUGUAACUCGAGACGAAUUGCUAGGGAUGGCGGGAGAGGUAUUUGGUAAUGUUCAGUCAAGUGUAUUGCGGGUUCGAGUAAAUCACACCUACCCAUUGUCUGAAGCAGCACAGGCACACGAAGACCUUGAGAAUAGGAAAACAUCUGGAUCUGUUGUGCUUAUCCCCUAAGGCAAAUAUGAGUUUGGUCUGUUAAUUUUAAAGGCU